AUAAUAUAAGGGUAGACGCCGCAUUGGCCGCUCCGGCGCAGGAAAUACGGCGGCCAUCUUAGAGCGGUAUACCCUCGUACUUUGCUGAACCAAAACAACAGAAGAUGCCUCAGUUCUGCUCGGCUUAUUCGUGUUUAAAUCUACGAACUGUUGAUGUCAGGGACCGGGGGAUAACUUUUCACAAGUUUCCAAAAGAUAAAGAGAGGAGGAAGAGGUGGGAAAUAGCUUUGAGGAGGGAUGGAUUCACUGCAAGUGAUUCAUCUGUACUAUGCAGUGAGCAUUUCAAAACGGAGGAUUUUGACAAAACAGGUCAGAUUGUCAGACUGAGAGCUGAUGUGAUACCAUCAAUUUUCAGCUUCCCAGUUCACCUUCAAAGAGUUGAAAACUACAGAACUACAAUAACCUCCACAAAAGCCCAAAGUAGUGAGUAUGUGGCCUCUCAAGAUGACCCAGAAACUUGUAGUUCAGACCUGCAACCUCAGUCUAAUGAUGAUCAUUGCUAUGCUUUGCCAGCUUCUCUUACCGCUGUCACUGCAAAACAUAAGAGAGCGUUGGCAAGAGUGGAAUAUCUGGAGCGGGACAAGAAAAACACCAUGGCCAGAGAGAAGAGGGCAAAGACCACAGCAAAGUCACUUUUGGGGGAACUGAGUGAAAAAAAUCUCAUUACUGAAGAACUCAAAGAACGGCUUGAAUUCUACUCUGCUCCAAUAGGCGAGAGCGGCCCAUGA